AUGGGUGGAGUUUUAAAUAUUUUUUAUUAAAUGUAUGACUUGGUAUUUAUAAUAGUAAUAAAUUAUUUUAUAUUGAAAUAAUUAUUAUUGUUCUCUGUCACCCAUAAGAAAGAGGGAAAUGGAAGGUCACCAUUUUGGAUUGCCGACCUGAGCAACCUGUCAAAGGGAUUAGCUUACUAAGGCAGAGCUGUAAAUUGCACCGAUGGUCCAGACAAGGGAAGUAGGCAAAACCUGUCUAGUCCAUCUGGCUGGGACACGAAAACUUUCAGGGUAUAACAAAAUUCCCCUCUUCGGCAAGGCAUCCCACUACUUCAAAAUCCUUUUUUCAGCUUCAUCAGGAUGGGUCCUACCUGCUCCAUAGCAGUGCUAAUUUUCGUCAGCAUCACCAUUUUAUUUCUUAUAUUGAAAAAAGGUAUCAAUCAAAUAAACUAUAGGUAAAUUGGUUUAAAAUACAAUAACAUGACUUAUCAAAAACCUUUGAUAAGUCCUGCACUGCAGCGAUGUAUUAUAUAAUUAGUAAGUAUCCCUAAACUAAGGGAGCUACACACAAAAAUGAUAAAUCUUUCAAUGAGCUUUGCAAUGACCUAUGAAGAAUUUAAAGAAAUUUUCAAUGAAUCUGAUUUUAAUGUAUGAGAUACCGAUUCAAAUGGGGUUAUAGAAGGGCUUGAAGUCUUAGCUGGGCUUGUUUUAUUUGCUGAUGCUUGUCCAGAUGAUAAAGUUCAAUGUAAAAUUAACACAGUUUUAUUCAAUCUGUUUGAUUUCAAUAGAGAAGAUGCAAUUUCAAGGACAGAUCUUCAGCUAUUAGCCUACGUAACUUUGACGUCUGUAUGCAAAAUUCUUGGAUAUUCAAGAGACAUCAAUAUUCAAGAACCAAGCCAGACAGUUGCGAAUUAUUUUCAUUCUAAUGUAAAAAUCAAUUUUUCAGCACUACUGGAAUUUUGUUUGCAUUCACAACAAGUAACCCAGCUAUUAACUGUUGUAAACAGCUCAAUAAAUAAUAGAAGCCAAAGCCAUAGUUAA